AUGUUACCAGAAAAUCCUCGUAAAUGGAUAGCAGAAAAACUUCAACUUCUUUACGAUAUUGGUUUUAUGAGUUUAAACUGGGAUACAUUUAUUGAUCCGGAUAUGAAACCUUCUCAUCCAUAUGUCGAUCAUGAAUUAAUGGAUUCCCUAUUUGGUACAUCAAAACUAGAAUUUUUGUUACCAGAAGAAUUACAGUAUCAACCUACACAUGAAAUGUUAGCAAAAGCCUAUGCUGCUCAUAAGCAAUCAAUACUAAAAAAGUGUUUCAGCGCCUGGAAAUUACAUUUUAUAAUCAAGAAAGCACGAGUGAAUUAUAUGUACAAAAUAAACUUUAUUGCAAAAAUAAGUAUGAAAUUUAGAUUGCAAAAGAUUAUAUUUCGAGGAUGGCAAGAAUAUACACAGUUUGUGAAAAGUAAACAAAAAAUGGCACAAUCAUUAAUAACACAAAUUAAAGACUUCACAGUGACAAUGUUAUAUUUUAAAGCCUGGCGGAGGAAUGUUGCAGAAGCUCGGAAAACAAGGGAUUAUUUUUCAAAAAUGCAAGAAAAGUCAGAUGGUGAAAAGUCAGAUGAUUCAGAGUCUGAAAAUCAACUACUUACUUUAGGUGGUAAAAUAAGCGAUGUUGAAAAUUAUCGUGACCGAUUUUCUGAAUUACCUGACACCAUACAAUAUAAAAUAUUUGGCUACUUAACACCCAUAGAUUUAGCUCGAGCUGCUUGUGUAUCUCAUUAUUGGUGGUCUGUAGUUAGUGAAAUGGAUAAGAAAAAUACUUUGGAUUUAUCGUGCUUUGGUAAAAGGUUAACAGAAGAACUUUUAUUUAGGCUCACAAGAAGACGUCGAAUGUAUCUGCGUCAUAUCAACUUACGUAAUAGUAGUCUGUGUACUUUAAAUUCAUUUCGUUGUUUAACUAGUUGCGCUAAUUUACAGGAUAUCAAUUUAUCCAGAUGCACUGGUAUCACAGAUGAUGCAGUUCGUAUAAUAACUGUUGAAUGUAGUUUACUUCUUUACUUGAAUUUAUCAUAUACUCAAAUUACUGAUGAUUCAGUUCGUCACAUAGCGAUCAAUACAAAAAUGUUACAAUAUUUAAGUUUGGCCUAUUGUACACGAUUAAAACAACUUUGCUCAACUUAUUUCAAUCAAUUAGAAAGUUUCAAGUCAUUAAUUUAUUUGGAUUUAUCUGGAUGUAUUUACAUUGAGUCGGCUGGUUUACAAACAAUUAUUAAAAGUGUGACACAAGUGGAACAUUGGAUACUGAACGAUAUCCCAUGGAUUUCAGAUACUGAUCUUAAUGUUCUUGGAUCCAACUGUUCAGUAAUACACACGUUAGAAAUGGUCAAUAAUCAAAACGUAAUCAUAUCCGGUUUAAAUUAUCUUUCGAAAACCUGUCUUUUCCAUGAAAAAUCAACUUCAGUCGAUGGUGCUGUACAAAUAAAAAAUAAGCAAAAUAGACCAAUCACAUCUAUUGGUUUAAUUCAUAAACAUGCUGAUUCAACUCUAAAUAAUUCAAAUUCAAAUAUUAGUUGUUUAAUUACGGAUUGUGGUCUACAAUCAGUAUGUGGGAAAAAUUUAAAUAGACUCCUUGUUUCAAAUAUGAGUUCAAUAGAUGGAUCUGGAUUGAAUAAUAUUGUACCAAAUGAUAAUGUAUCAAGAAGACAUUCGAAAAGUAAAGCUCAUCGUUUAUCGAAACUGAAUUCUGGAUUCCUUGAAAAUGGUAGUUUAAAUUUACUAGAAAUUUCAUUCGUUGAUUGUCCAAAGAUGAAUGAUAUCCUGCUUCAACAUUUAAUACCUUUGCCGCAUUUAACUGUUUUAAAGUUAAGUGGAUGUGAAAGUCUUACAGAUCAAGGUAUAAAAUUAUUAACUGAUGGGGCAUACGCGGAUACUUUGAAAGAACUGUAUUUAGCAAGAUGUGACAAAUUAACUGAUAAGGCGAUUCAUAUAAUGAGUGCACGACUACUUAAUCUAGCUUACUUGAGUUUGGCAUCAUGCCCCUUGAUUUCUGAUGGAGCCUUCGAACUCCUAGGUCAGCUACAAAAGUUAUGGCAGAUAAAUUUAAAUUCUACUAAACUUGGUGAUCGAGUAAGUUUGUCGGCCCUUGGAUCACUGCCUAAAUUACGUGAACUGAAAGUGUCUAAAUGUACCGCCAUCACUGAUUUAGGAUUGCAAAAGUUCGCACAUCUUGGUAUAAACUUGGAAUCUAUUGAUUUAUCAUUUUGUCACAAUUUGACAAACAAUGGAAUUAAAACACUAGCAUUUUGUUGUCAUUUCCUUACCAGUAUUAAUUUAGCCGGGUGUAAGCUGCUGACAGAUAUGGCUGUACAAUAUAUUUCCGGAGUAUGUCACUAUCUGAAGUUUCUUGAUUUGUCAGGUUGUGAAUUUAUCACGGAAACAUCUUUAAGUUUUUUACUGAAAGGUUGUAAAAAACUUGAACAUCUUCGACUAUUAUACUGCAAAUCAAUUAAAAAACAUAAAUUAAUUCGAUUAACAACUGGAAAAAUUGAAAAAAUUGAACAUUCAAUGAAUGAACCUCCACCUGAAUUUAUUGGUUAUUUAAUAAAAGAAAACGCAUAG